AUGACGUACCGGAGCCAUAUGGUGGGCCCUUCGAGGGCUUUCGAUCACAUCUACGAUCCACUGUACGUGGCCUCCGACCGGAAGGACGUGUGCCGUGCGAAUCAUGCCGCACUGGCACGGACCGCCCCCAUUGGAAUCUUCCCGGUGUACCAAUCGAUGUUCAGUGAGUUGCCCCGCUUGACGCGCAACCACUACGUCAUGCACCGGAAUCCGCUACCGUACUUCCCGGAGGUGCACAUCUCUCCGCUCCGGUUGCCUCAUCCGGCGACGGUGGCAGCCGACACGUCCAAGGUGCUCGGUGCCGAGCGGCCCAAAUUUUUCUGCCAUCCGAACAUGGGCGAAACGGGUUGCAACGUGAGGUACGCUGCGGACAACACCGAGGAGGAGUACUGUGGUUGCGAUGGUUACGAGCCGGAGCACGGAGCGGACCAUGCGGCACCUCGUUUCCGCGAAGUGGCCUCCCAAACGAUGUACCGUGAAUCGUCGGCCCAAACACAACCCUGGAUGCCGACGGCCGUGCUGAAGGAAAGUGUAAUGCCGGCGGCCGAGAUAGUGUACGUGGCGGAGAUGCUGCAGCACACGCGCUUCCCGGGUGUCAAUGAGGUGGAAAUUGUGGAACGUGCCCGUCGCAAACGGACCUGGGAGUAUGCGCUGGGAAGCUGCGAUUCGAUCGACGAGUGGCGCCAGCAGAAGCUGAUGCUGCAGAUCUUCGAGUGGGAAGAAUGGGUCGCCCGGGAGCGUCAGAUCGAUCGGUACCAGAUGCUACGAUUGCAGCUCGUGGCGAAGAUUAUGGAGAAGCGGGAGCGCGAUACGCACCAGGCUACUGAGGGCAAGAUGGAGAACACGAAGCGACGCAUCAACAAGGCCCGGAACGAUGCGAUGCACAAACUGGAGGUGACGUUCGAGCGGAAUCUAAGGAAGCUGGAACGGAAGCGACAGGAACAGAUUGCACGGUAUGGAUCGAGGGCACGGAGUCAGGGCGAUGUACCGGUGGUGUCACUGGAGGCGCUAACGGGGGGACGGAAGAAGUACUCCAAACAGUCGUAUGACUACGAUCCGAAUCUCAUCGAAGUGGGAUUGGCGAAGCUGGAGAAGAAGGCUACGAUCGCGCACAAGUUUGUGGAUCCGCGCGAUCAGCGACCGGAAUUGUGGAAACCGAAGGAAGUUUGCCGCGAGUUUCAGAAGGGUUUCUGGUCGGAUAACUUCCUCCGAAAGUUGUACGAAUCGUUGAAGCAAUUCCGCAAUCGCAAGGACAGCGAGCGUACGGUUCCGCAGUGUCUCAUCGUUGUGUCUUCACCGACGGAAAGUCUCGUUCCAUCACCCCUACCGGCCACAUCACCGGAAAAGGAGAACGAUACACUCUACCAGCAGGCAAUCUUGCUACAGCGGUUGCUCCGUGGACGGGCCACCCAAGACCUGAUCCACCGGGACUACGCGCUCGAGCACGAUCUGAUGGAGGAUUUAAUAGCUAACCAUCGGUUACCGGUGGUUGAGGAGUUUUUCCCUCACUCGGAUCUGCUGCACGGCGGUGGCACCGGUGGUACGGGGGGUGGGGUGGCUGGAAGUGUCCGUGAACGUUAUCUGCACAUUCUGCGCAACGAGCAGCUGCUGGAUGAGUUCGUGGAGAGUAGUACCCACGCACAGAUGAGUUCGCUGAUGGGGACGCUCGAGCGGGAGCUGACGCGACUGCAAAACGAACGCAACACGCAAGCGUUCUAUCUGCUCACCGAGCGUGAACGGGGUCGGCGUGAGUCACGGAACCAGGAACGCAGCGAGGAAACGGCGCGAUGGUCCGAUCAGAAGCUUCUUCCGGUCGGUGGAGGCGAUGAGCUGGACAUCUAUCUUGAGAAUGCGCUGCUCGAGCAGCAACAGCAGGCGGAUGAUGUGGAAGAGUGGCGCGAUCGGAUUCACGAGCUGACUCGACACUUCGAUGAGGAAGCUGAUCGUCCUCGUGCGGAUGCUGGUGAGCCGAUGAUGGCGACGGAGCCUUCGCUGACGGCGGACCGGCUCACCGGUGGAGGAGCUGGAUCGGAAGGGCCAGGCAACAUAACGGGUUCGUUGGCGGAUGAGAUGCUGCUACCGGACAUAUUCCGUCGUGCGGCGCGAGAAAACAUUAAAUUCAAACAGCGAACUGUGCUGGCCAACGUUCACGAGCUGCUGUACAAUCGGAAGGAUGAGGAGGAGGAGGAGAACGACGAGCAGCGUGGUCCGAAGGUGGAAAUCGUUAGUCCGACCACGGAACCACCACCACCGGAAGAGCAGCGUGUCGUGAACGGGUUGCUGGCCGGUUUAAUCGAUCGUGCCGUGCAACCGUCCGUCCCUGAGUCGGCCUACUCGGAGAAUGAGGUUGAAGAGCUUCCGGAAGACGAGGAAGCACUGGAGGGGAGUGAUUUCUUCGGUCUCGAUUCGAGAGAGUUGGGUGGCGAGGAGGCACUCGAAGAAGAGCCAGCUGGGGAGGGGGAGAUGCUGGAAGAGGAGGAGGAGAUUGGCAGGAUGGCGAAUGAGUUAAUCGAAGACAUUCUUAGUCGCGUGCUCGAUGUCUCGGAGUGAAUGAGAGGCUGCGGUGAUUAGGGUGGAUGAUGCAGAUGAGUGCGAUUGACCUGAUUAGUUGGGGUUAUCAGAAUAGAUAGUCGCAAAACCUUAGACUGUAUGAUGCAUUCCAUGAGUCAUCGUAAUCAGCGAGA